UAUUGGAGGAUGGCUGUCGAUAAAGCCUCUUGUAAUUUAAGAAAAGUGUGAUAUAAAAGUCCGCGGGGAAAUUUCAGAGUUACUACUGAUUGGUGAGGCGAGUGAAUGGUUCCUCAAUAUACGAACUGGGAAAGAACUUGCCGCUUAAUCUGCUGACAUUCGUAACGUUAUUUGGACCAUCGGUCGAGCGGAUGGCGGUGUUUGUGGUGCAAGUGUGUCAAUUAAUUUGGUCCUAUAAUCUGAUCUUUGAAGUUUGAUGUAGCGAGGUGUACUUAGCUGACAUGAUGAGUGCAGUGGAUACAGUGAAGUGGAGUGUAUCAUCAUCCCCGGCAGCCUGUGAUACGUCCAACGAUCAGUCGGGAGACACGGAAGGAAAUACCGAGAAUGACAUGGCCGGAAAAUCGUGUUCGAAUGACGACGGAGGUGAGAGCGACUACAGCGAUGUUAGCGUGGGCGGUAGCCCUAGCUUUACACCAUCACAAACCCCACCGCUGAAUCACUCUUCCCCUUCUUCUCCGAGUACUUCGAGAUUAUGUAAAGCGCCAUCGUCUCCUCAUUCAGAUGACGAAUAUUUUAAACCUUUAAAAAAACUAAGAAUGAUCCAUUUGCAGAAACAAGAUCUCGCCGAUGAAUCUUGCUCCCCACCCCAAAAUAACGAAUUAAAUAAUCGUCCAUCGCCUGACCAGUCCGCUAGAAUAAGUAACUCUAAGCCGCCUCCUGCCAGCGCUAGUGGAGUGAAAUCUUUUUCUAUUAACGACCUUUUAAGUCACGACCCACCGAGUCAUAGUCACGCACAAUCCAUACAUAUAGCCUUAGCCACUAGAAGAAUAGUGAGACCCUGGGAUACUGACGAAGAUGAUGAAGACGAAACUGUGAGCUUGUGUUCAUCUGAGUCUUCGUCAGCGAUCGGGUCACCGAGGCCGGCGUCGGAAGGAAGUGCGUCGUCCGCUCGAGGUAAAGACGGCAACCCGCUAGACGCGCUCUUCCAGAUGACAAGCAACACCUUCAAUGCCCUUAAAAACGGCUCCACUGCAGACGGUUCAGCGAGUCAUCUGAACCUGUUCAGCAGCAAGCAGCCACCGAAAAAGAAGCGUAAGAGCAGAACCGCCUUCAACAACCACCAGUUGUUCGAGCUAGAGAAACGUUUCCUCUACCAGAAAUAUUUAUCUCCGGCUGAUCGAGACGAACUCUCUCAGACGCUCGGGCUCAGUAACGCUCAGGUAAUCACGUGGUUCCAGAACAGACGCGCGAAAUUAAAGCGCGACAUGGAGGAGCUCAAGAAGGACGUACACACGGCGACGUUGCUGAGCGACCACACAGUCUUCAUUAAGACCAUGACACAGAUGGGGCUACUCAAAAACCGGCCUCCCGAUCAGCUUAUAAAUUUCAGUAAAAAAUAAAAUGUGUACAGAACUUUGUUAAU